AUGGAAUUCUUACAAGGCAUAGAACAUUGUCACAUAUUACAUGGCAACGAACUCAAGAAACUUGAACACACCAUUGUCCUUUGGAAUAUUAAUACUGGUUCAAAAAUCGGUGGCUAUACUACAACGCAUUAUCUAAGCCCAGUAAUAGACGAACGUGAUAGAGACAAGACCGAACAACAAAGUCAUAAAACCAUCACACGAUCUUUUCCGUCAAAGAAUGAAGCGCGACUUAUCGACCUCAAUAUUUCAAAGAUCAUAGUUCUUCCAUCUGCAAUACCACACCUUGCGACACUCCGAAGGCUUUACCUCCAAUACAACAAACUUUCCUCCAUUCCUGAUUCACUUUUUCACCUAACCUCCCUGGAAGAACUACACUUGCAAUGCAACCAAUUGACCAUACUUCCCCCUCAUAUUGGGCAUUUAACCUCACUACGCGAACUAUUUAUUCAUAGUAAUCGAAUUCGGGAAAUACCUUCUCAGAUACGUGAAUGUAAAAAAUGCGAUUUCUUAAACCUGGGAGAUAAUCAAUUGACCUAUCUGCCGGCGGAAUUGGUUAAGAUGGAAAAGCUUUCCGCUCUUCGCGUGAAAGGCAAUCCUUUUGUAUUGGGUAAGGAGGGGAACGGACUGACGAAGUCAAAUGGAGCAAAUGAAAACGUUAGUAAGACCGUCAUGAGUCUGAUUGAUAUGUGUGCACAAGUUGUUGGAAAUACAAUAUUGGAUCAAGGUCGACACUUCUUUUGCUGCAAGAAUAAACAAACUCUUUGUAAACAGAAAAAGAAUUGUAUUUUCAACUUCCUCCCCAAAAACAUUUUAGAUCGAGUCGUAUCUUCGAAUGAUUGUGCACCAAGGGCUGUUUGUUCAUGCUGUGAUACCCCACUAUUUCACUCAAGCAUCAAUUAUCAGACCAUCGAUGAGAUAUGCGGGCAAAAAGUACCCAUACUUUAUCAACUCUGUUCAUAUACUUGUAAGAACAUAAUCACAAAAGGAUAUUCGUUAAAGAAACUAUUGUGUGAUAAUUACUGUCCCAAUAAAUGA